GCAUAUUGUAUCUCAUAAGUUAUGCACCCGAAAGGACUCCGUGAGGCUGAGCCGAGGCACAAAUAUCUUGUCAGCCUAAAAGUCUGCAUUCCCAACUGAAACCUCCCAAAAAUUGCCAUUAUUGAUGAAGCCGUCGUGUUCCUGUCGUAUCUUGCCCCAUAAUUUUAGCACCUUUUUUGCGAUUGCGCUGCAUCAUACCUCGUCGAUUGACAUCGCCUUCUGAUACCGUCCGGCGCGGCCGUGGGCCGCUAUUAUUUCUCCAUCUGCAGGCCAUGGCUCAAGGUCGGUCAACAAUAAAUACUCUCCUGUUUUCCUCUCGGCCAGCAAGCCUGCUCAAUCGGAGACCGAUCGCUGCUCUGGCUACACCACCUUCCUUCAACCCUGUCCCGUACACACUCUUUCAGCGGUCCACGACGCAGUCUGUGCGUAGCUUUUGGUCCUCAACGGUGCCAGCGGCCACUGUGCGAAAAGGAUCUCGUCUGUUGAGAUAUACAAGAGGCGCACGAGACAACUCCUACUCUACAGUCGUCGUCCAUAGCAAAGGACAAGCCCGCGUUAGGCGUACAAUCAGUUUUCUGACGAUCAGCACACUCUCGUUUGUUAUCGGAGGAUAUCUCGCACUCAGCUACGCUCCACCUAUUCUCGUCUCUUUCGCCAUGGGGUCCAUGCCUACGGACGUCGAAACGCUCACAGCGUAUGAGCCACCGGACGAGUUCUCGCGCGAGGUGGAUGAACAUAUCAAGAACUGUGCUCUGGCGCAGUCGUUAAGAGCGGAUCCUGAUUUCAUUGAGUCGCGGCCGCAUAUGAAGAUACCGGCGGAGGUUCGGCAACACAAUUUGACGGCAGGCACGUUGGCUGGGCCGGGUAUGAUCGUUGUGCCGCCAUAUCACUUCAACGAGAAGGACGGCAAGUCCAUGGUGCAGAUUUUCUACGUUGGUCCGGACUGCUCCGGACAUCCUGGGAUUGUCCACGGCGGGUUCCUGGCCACUAUUCUCGACGAGGGACUCGCGCGCUGCGCGUUUCCUGCCAUGCCGAAUAAGGUCGGCGUGACGGCAAACUUGCAGAUCAAUUAUCAGAAGCCGACUAUGGCCGGUCAGUUCCUAGUGCUCAGGGCCAAAACGACAAAGGUGGAGGGCAGGAAGGCCUGGGCGGAGGGUACGAUAGAGUCACUUGAGGUGGCAGACGGUGAAGAGCCUGACGUGUUGGUUAAGGCUACUGCUUUGUUCAUCGAACCUAAGCAUGCUAAUAUCUUGAAGUCGCUUUACAGAGUGGCUACGUGAGGCCUAUCAAGGUUCCUCGACAUAUCUCGCAUUGUUUGCUUUUCUCCAAGAGCUAGCAUCAGGGGACAUUUCCGAUAGACUAAAUGGCGUGAGUCGAUAGAGACUUUUCUAAGGCAUCAAAAGGGACAGCUUUUAAGAUCGCUUUGGUUCGUGCGGAUCCUCCAGAAGCGAGGAGCAAUCCAUUGAAUUUGGAUAGAGCUCGACGAGUGCUAUCUAUCCCGAUUCCUUCCUCAACUUGACCUACAGUGCACUGCCACCUCAUCGCUGCUUCUUGACAUUCAGUGACAAUCACUACCACAGUUGAUGUGCACCUACACAUCCUUUUGGAUGACUGCUACAAAACAUGAAAGGGCAACAAGUCUGGAAAUGAGGGCCUUGGGACCGUGAAAAACCAAAGGACUGACACUCAAGUAAUAAAUUCACUUUGAUAUAUUUCUGUGGUAAGUCU